UUACCUAAGAUGGCGGCCGCGCCUUCCCGCCGCGCGGCGCAGUGACCGAACUUCCGCCGCCUCCCGCCUCCCUCCGCCCUGGCAGCGCCGGGUUCCGUGAGGGCCGUGAGGGGCCGCGGGCGCUCAGCGGCGGCCGGGCCCGGGCUGAGCCUCCCCGCGGCCGUCGCGGCGCUCGGGGCAGCGUCCGCUCCCUGCCUCCGGGCUCCCGCCCACAACGCCUCCAACAAGGAGGAACAGAAGAAGCCCCAUAAAAGCCCCAGAGGACGAUGCCAGGCCCGGCUGCCCCGUGCAGCCGGGGCUCUCUUUGCCUCCCGCUGCUGCUGCUGCUGCUGGCGCCGCCCGCCCGUGCCAGGCCUGCCAACCACUCGGUGCUGAGGGAGAAGGGGGGCGAGGGCAGGGACGAGAAGGAGCUCGUGCCCCCCGACCACCUGAACGGCGUCAAGAUGGAGCUGGACGGGCACCUGAACAGGGAGUUCCACCAGGAGGUGUUCCUGGGCAAGGAGCUCGAGCGCUUCGAGGAGGACUCGCAGCCCCGCAGGAACAGGAGGAAGCUCGUGGGCAUUUUCGCCAAGGUGGAUGUGAAUAAUGACAAAAAAAUCAGCGCCAAGGAAAUGCAACGUUGGAUCAUGGAGAAAACAGAUGAGCAUUUCCAGGAGGCCGUGGAGGAGAACAAAAUGCAUUUCAGAGCUGUGGAUCCCGAUGGCGACGGUCACGUUUCAUGGGACGAAUAUAAAAUUAAAUUUUUGGCCAGCAAAGGCUUCAAUGAGAAGGAAAUUGCAGAGAAAAUUAAAAACAACGAGGAGCUGAAAAUAGAUGAAGAAACGCAGGAAGUGCUGGACAACCUGAAGGAUCGCUGGUACCAGGCGGACAAUCCCCCCCCGGACCUGCUGCUGAGCGAGCAGGAGUUCCUGUCCUUCCUGCACCCCGAGCACAGCCGCGGCAUGCUGCACUUCAUGGUGCAGGAGAUCAUCCGCGACUUGGGACGGGGACAAGAAGCUGACGCUGCCGGAGUUCAUCUCGCUGCCCGUGGGCACCGUGGAGAACCAGCAGGCCCAGGACAUCGACGACGACUGGGUGAGGGACAGGAGGAAGGAGUUCCAGGAGGUCAUCGACGCCAACCGCGACGGCAUCGUCACCAUGGAGGAGCUGGAGGAAUACAUGGAUCCCAUGAACGAGCACAACGCGCUGAACGAGGCGCGGCAGAUGAUCGCCGUGGCCGACGAGAACCAGAACCACCACCUGGAGCUGGACGAGAUCCUCAAGUACAGCGAGUAUUUCACCGGCAGCAAACUCAUGGAUUACGCCCGCAACGUCCACGAGGAAUUCUGAGCUCCCUCCCCUCUUCCAGAACUUUCUGUUCCGCUCCCAACCCCCCCCAGGAAAAAAUAGAAAUCCUAAGGAAAAAGGAUUCGGCCGAGCGGCGGGAAUCGGUCCUGGCGGAUUCCCGGAUUUCCGUCCGUCCCUGCGCUCUGCGGCUCCUUGGAGAGGCUUUUCCGUGCUGGGAAAAGUGGGAAUUCCUGGAUUCAGGUAUUUUCCUCCUCCUCGGGUUUGGGGUUGAAGGCAGCUGGAAUUCUGCCUGGGGAGGAUCCUGGAAUAUUCCCUGGUUUCCUUCAGCUGCUCGUGCAGGGGAUCCCAAGUAAAGGUUGGAUUUUGGGAAUUUUGGUGGUUCCAAGGAAUGUUUGUGCUCUACACCCAGUUCCAUUUGAGAAAUUCCUUAAAUUUAGAGAAAUUCCUUAAAUUUAUUUAUUCCCUUGUUGCCCUCACAGAUGCUGAUGCAGGCAAUCCCAAAUAAAAGUUGGAUUUUGGGUGUCCUUCACACCCAAUUCCAUUUGAGAAAUUCCUUAAAUUUAGAAAAAUUCCUUAAAUUUAUUUAUUCCCUUGUUGUCCUCACAGCUGCUCGUGCAGGGGAUCCCAAAUAAAGGUUGGUUUUUGGGAAUUUUGGGUGUUUGUCCUUCACACAGAAUUCCAUUUGAGAAAUUCCUUAAAUUUAGAGAAAUUCCUUAAAUUUAUUUAUUCCCUGGUUUCCUUCAGCUGCUUGUGCAGGGGAUCCCAAAUAAAAGUUGGAUUUGGGGUGUUUGUCCUUCACACCCAACUGCAUUUGAGAAAUUCCUUAAAUUUAUUUAUUCCCUUGUUGCCCUCACAGCUGCUCAAGCAGGGAAUCCCAAAUAAAACUUGGAUUUUGGGAAUUUUGGGUGUUUGUCCUUCACACCCAAUUCCAUUUGAGAAAUUCCUUAGAUUUAGAUAAAUUCCUUAAAUUAAUUUAUUCCCUUGUUGCCCUCACAGCUGCUGUUGCAGGGAAUCCCAAAUAAAACUUGGAUUUUGGGGAAUUUUGGUGGUUCCAAGGAAUGUUUGACCUUCUGGGAAUAUCCACACUCAUUUCCUUAAAUUUUUCUCAACUUCCAGAAGAGUUGGGAAUUUAAUGGAAUUUUUUCAGGGAGCUGUGGGGAAGCAUUUAUUUGAAAUGUUACAGAAAAACUCUUUGGAAUUAAAUUAAUAAAAUAACAUUAAUUAAAAUUAAAUUAAUAUAAAAGUACUUUUUUUUUGUUGACAUCUGCACUGUCAGUGGGAGAUUUUGGCUUUAUAAAAUCAGAUUUUGGUCAAAAACAACUGGGAAGUAUUUUUUUGAAUUUAAGCUGUUGGACAGAGCAGUGGGAAUUCCCAUGGAGUUUGAUGGCUGCUUAAUUAAAAUUCUUUGCCAAAAUUAAUGAGCUCUGUGCUAAUUAAUGCUGUUAAUGAGCUGCUGCUGAUGAUAUGGGGGGAAUUCCAGGCUUUGGGUGAGCUCUGAAAGCAUCUCUGUCCCAGAUAAAAUUGGUUUUUUCCUCUGCUUCCAUCUUUCCUGGGAAAAACCCCUCUUUGGGAAAGAAUUCCUGAAAUUAAUGAGAUGUUCUAUUUGAUUAAAUUUAUUCUUAAUAUAAUGUAAAUACAGGAAUUGCUAUCCCUCUUUCCCUUUUCCUGCUUUAUUUGAUGUUUUUAUUAAAUUCCUUGGAUAAAAGGUUUUAUAUACUUUUGUUUGUUUGUUUUCCAUUAAAUAUUUCUCUCCAUGCUUUGGAAA